UAUUGUUCUGCUCUGGACGUUCUCUGAAGGGCAAUAAAUUGAUGCGCCUGACUGACUUCAAAACUUCUGGUCAGACAGGACCAUGUACCGGACGAGACUGGGCUGAAGACCGGACUGGCUCUGGACCAGACGAGGUACCGGGGAGCCCUUUUCAUACCAGGGCUGAAUGGUCACGGUCCCUUAACCGUCCAUUAUAAUUUCCAUCUUUUCAAAAGCUCUUUUCACUUCAUGAUUGACAUGACUCUCUGAACUCAAUCAAUAUUUACUUUGCUCGCUGUAGCCGAUGUUGUCAUCGAACGGGAAAUAAGGUGUACGUGUAAAUAUAAUGUAAGCCCUACACUGAAGUUUGUCAAACCCAAAAAGAUGCAUUGUAGUUUGAAAUUAAAAUAAAUGGUUCUACUGGAAAGGCUGAAUUUUGUUACUCUUUUUCUGUUCUCACAAACAUAUUCACAACUUAACUGGUCAAUGCAAGAACGAUCACCCUUGGCUGCGUUUGUAACUCAACAAACGCGAAUCUCUUGAAAUUGAAUUUGAGAAUUGAGCUCGUCGAUAUUCUGGAACGAAAUCAAAGGAUCGCUCUAAUUAAUUUGUGUGAUUAUAAGUGUUAAAAUAACUGCGAAAGCUUAUAGUUCAUUAAGAGAGGAGUGCAUGUUCAUUUACGAGUUGACAUUUACUUCACAUGGGCUGAUAAGGCUCAUUAAAAAUGAAUGUUGGUAACGCAGAUGAUUCUGUCUUCCUUUGGGGAGGUGUUGGAUGUAAUUUUGGAAUCCAUCCGUUUCAUAAAGACUGCGAAACAAGGUUAUUAUUGCACGUCCUUCCAUUUCCAAGCAAUGCCGUGCACCAUUACCCAGGAGCCCGACCCACAUACGGGCCGCUACCGCUGGUUGAUUCCAGCCGUGGACCCGUGUGAGUGCACGCAGAUCGGAAUGGGUGGCUUCAGCACCUUCGUACCGUACAGACCCUACGAGGUGACGUACUAUGACACCUUUCUGAUCAGCAGCGAUCCUGGGGAGAUACAGCAAUGGCUGAACUGCCCUGGUGACUCUCCUUGCUCUGUGGAGGGAACUCUCGGGAUGGAAGAUGGUCGCAUCCCGGAUCAAAGCAUCACAGCUUCGUCUUUUUUUCGAAACCUCACUGCAUUUGGCCCAGUCAGGGCCAGACUUAAUCUUAAAGGAAAUGCUGAAGCCUGGUGUAACGAUGACGUAACUGAUAAUAUCAGUCCAUGGAUACAGGUUGCUUUCAAUGGCACAGUCACCAUCACUGGUUUGAUCACCCAGGGGCGUGGAGAUUACGACCAAUGGGUGACGGAGUACCGAGUGACGAACAGCCGCAAUGGCGGUCAGUCUUGGAAUAACGUAACUGAUGUAGACGGGAAACCUAUCGGGUUCCCUGGUAACAAUGACGGGAACACCGUGGUAACUACUCGUUUCCCGUUUGCCUUGCGCACCAGAAUCCUGCGCAUUCGCCCCACUGCAUGGUAUGUGCACUGCAGCAUGAGGUUUGAAGUAAUCGGCUGCUAUUAGACUGUUUCCAUUUGUCAAUGGAUCAGUCAAAUUAAACGAAUUCAAUGUUUACUAUAAUCAGCAAACACUGUGUGUGGCAAACAGCUUUCUAAACACUUUCUUGCUAUAUCAGUUUGUAGACAUGUUUAAAUACUAUUAUGUUUAGAGUAAGGAUGGAUAGUGUUUAGCAAUUGAACAUUGAUGUUUAGGAAUUGGACACGUAAUGUUUAGCUUCUAAACAUGUUUACAAAAUGAUAGCAAGAUUGUGUUUAAUUGCUAAACACAUUUGAAAUGUAAGUUGUUUGUCAGUGUAUAAAUACAAGUUUUGUGGGAAUUGAAAAAAAGUAAGAGUUAUCAAAAGAAGGGCAGUAAAAUAUCGUAAGAUUUUUGUCUCAUUCAUGUUGAUUGUCAUCAUGUCAUUUGAAUUACCACUGUAUACUUAAUUUGUAUUCAUUAAUGUUAAUUGUUAAAACAAAAGAAGUGUUUAGAGAUACGCGCAUCUGCAGUUGUCUAAAAAACAAAAAAGUCAUCAAAAACAGAAAAAUGCAAGUCGUUAAAUGAAAAACGUCCUUAUGAUGUUCGGUUGGCGUCGCAAUCCCACAAAGAAUGAACCACCCUAUACACUGCAAAAACUGGAGUGUUAAAUUUAGACCAUUGGUAUCCAUAUAGGACCAUCUGGUAUUAAAUUUUACCGGUGUUGUCCUAUAUAGAUACCGAAUGGUGUUUCAUUUACCCUACAGUUUUUGCAGUGUACAUGUAGAGUUUAUUUCCAAAAUGCUCCUGCUGUCUCCUAAAUGCCUAAACGCAACUUCGACGGCUGUUAUAUACUUAAACACAACUUUCAAAUACAUUCAGGCGAAAAAUGAAGCUGAGAAACGGCUGUUGUACUGUUGUGAAGCUCUGACAGGAGCUUCUACAUGUCACUUGGUGGUCGGUCUGUCUGUCUGUCCCGAAAAUUGACCAAAAGUAUGGCGUUCUACAAUGUGCAAUCGUCGUCGCAUUUUUCGGCGUCGCAUUUUUCUCAGCUCUGGCAGGGAUCAUUUUGCUCGAUUUCAUGCAAGACUUUCAUGCAAGACUGCUUGCAACACGGCCCGAGCUUUUGUGCACUUGCACUUGUUAUUCUAUAGUUUCAAUGAAGGCACAGUGUCUACGCAUAAAAAGCACUCAUUAUAAACACGCAUAUAUCUUCAUACUAAGAUUAUAGCUUUACAUUUUUACAAUUUCGUAUGAAUUACGGGUUGUUUUGUUGAAAUAUGUUUAGUUUAAACACUGUCGUAGUUUGUUUGUAUAAAUAGCGGCUUGUUUUGCAAUUUGCAAUAUUAUGGUUGGUGUUUUAACACUGUUUUAGAUUGAUAAUGACACAACGAGUGGUGUAUGGCCAUGUACAGUUAUCUACUUGUAAUCGCUUUAUAUUAUUAUAAUGAUAGUGAAGGUGAUUCUGACUGUAUAGUUCUAUAGGUUUCAGUCCUGCUCAAAUUCGGAAAAUACUGGUAAGCAGGCAAUUUCACAUUCAUAAUAAUAAAGCAAAUUUGCUUCAAUCGUUGCUGUGUUUCCAAUUAAGAAAUUCAAGCAGUCGAA